CGCUCCCUCUAGUUGACAAAUGAGUUUUUUUCUUCACCAAAUCUUUAAAUCUGUAUACGAUAACCUGCCUUCAUUUCUAUUUACAAGGACGGUUUAUCACUUUGUUAUAGGAGAUUAUACAUGUAUUUUAAAUUGCUGAAGUUGGAAGAUACUUGCCUUGGAUCGCCAGAUAAUGUCUCGUUAUCAUCGUUUUCCUACAGACUCCAUCCUAGAUCGAGCCAUAGACAUACACACAAGAUCAGUAUCUAAUGGCAUAAGUGAGUCAGGCUGGAAUAACCCCGCUAGAACUGUUACUUUCUCCGAUGAUGAAAAAGACGAGGCAAGGACUAGAUCAAAUAGCCAUGGCCAUAAGAGUGAAAACGAAGAUACACCUUCAAGACCAGACAGACGUGGACAUCAUCGAAGUGACAAACAUGUCACGGUUGACUUUGUUGACACUAUGAGUAAACAAAAUUCAAAAGAGCACAACACCCAUAAGUUUGACCGAGUGUACACAGGAGGUUUGGUUAUCAGAAGAGGACAACAUUUUGAUGUCGUACUCAGGUUCAAUAAAAAGUUUGAUCCCGCUGCUACUACUGUUCGAUUUGUUUUUACAACCAGUGAAAAUCCAAGGCCCGGAAAUGGUACACACGUUGAUUUCAUAUUGGGUAAAGAGCUGAAGCGAAAUGAUUGGUCUGCAGUCAUAGCUGAGAAGCAAUCAAAAACAGAAUAUAUGAUAACCAUAUCAACACCAGCAAACUGUAUUGUGUCAAACUGGCAGCUUGUUGUAGAAACUAUAUCAGCAACCGAAGGUCAACCAGUGACCUCUGUUUACGUUCACCCGACCUUGACAUUUAUCCUAUUUAACCCUUGGUGUAAAGACGACGACGUGUACUUUGACAACACCUCUCUCCUAAAAGAAUACGUCCUCAACGACAGUGGUGCAAUAUUUCAUGGAAACUAUAAACAAAUCGGCGCUAAACCUUGGUUUUUUGGACAGUUUGAGGAUGGCAUUUUAGAGAUAUGUCUGUGGUGCGUUCAGAAAGGUUUUAACAACAACAUAUCAAAGUCUAUGGCAGAUCCUGUUAGAGUUUCCAGAGCUAUCUCUCAGAUAGUAAACUCAAAUGAUGACAACGGAAUUCUUACCGGCAAAUGGGACUCCGACUAUGUAGACGGGACAGCACCACUUAAGUGGAACGGCAGUGUCCGGAUUCUUAAACAGCAUGUGAAUACCAAAAAGGCAGUCAAAUACGGACAAUGUUUCACCUUUUCUGGAGUAGUCACUACAAUUUGUAGAGCCCUUGGACUUCCAUGUAGGAACGUGACUAACUUUGCUUCGGCUCACGACUCGGAUGGAACUGUAACAAUUGAUGUAUACUGGGAUUUAGAAAGAAAGGAAAAUGUCGAAGGAAUAGGGAAAAGUGAUUCAGUAUGGAAUUUCCAUUGUUGGAACGACGUGUGGAUGAAACGAAAUGACCUUCCGUACGGACACAAUGGCUGGCAGGUGAUAGAUGCUACUCCCCAGGAACGUAGUACUGGCAUGUAUCAGUGUGGACCUAUGUCUGUUGCUGCUAUUAAAUCUGGUAACUGUGAGUUAUUAUAUGAUGGCCCAUUCGUCUUUGCUGAAGUAAAUGCCGACAAAGUAAACUGGGGACGUGAUGGAGGACAGUGGUUUAUUUUGUCAUUGGAUAAAAGCGCUAUUGGUCAGAAUAUUAGUACAAAAGUACCUGAUGGAAAGCCCGUAAGACCACACUUGACAGAUACGUCAGUAAUUCGGCAAGACAUCACAGACGAAUAUAAGUACAAAGAUGAAUCUGACAGAGAAAGAUUAGCUGUGAUAUCUGCCAGUAGAUCUGCAGUAGUUAAACGACCCGUUUACAAUAUCGGAUAUCAGGAUGUUAUAUUUGGUGGCUUUGAACACAGAGAUUACAUUUUAAUUGGGAAAGAUUUUAAAGUUUCAUUGACUUUCCGCAAUAUCGGUGACCAAAUGAGGACUCUUAAAGGGAAAAUUGUAUGUGAGACUGUUUCCUAUAUUGGUGUCAAACAGGAUGUUGUGAAGGAAUAUUCCUUUUCUACGCAGCUUGCCCCUAGAACAGAGGGAGAAUCGUCGUUGGAGGUUAAGUUUUUGGAUUAUUUACCUAAAAUUAGUGAGCAAAUGGCCAUGAAAGUGUCAGCCGUUGUUCAGGUAGAAGAAACUGGUCAUAUACAAGCAUUCCAAGACGACUUUAGACUUCGAAAACCUGACAUUCAAGUAGAGGUACUGGAUAACAACAUGCGUGUAGGACAUCCAUUUAAAUGUCGACUGUCUUUUGUCAAUCCAUUGCCAGCUCGUCUAGCCAAUUGUGUUUUAACUGUGGAAGGACCGGGAUUAGAUGCUGAAGAAAUAUUCAACCUGAGCAAUAUUGGUUCACAUCAAGAAUGGGCAGCUAUUUUAGAGCUGACGCCCAAAAAGCCUGGCAGACGACAAAUAUCCGUGUCACUGGACACACAUCAGAUUCAUGAUAUAUCUGGUGUUGAAGAAAUCAAAGUCUACCCAUGACGUAGAAAUGUUGACCAUAUUUCAUAUAAACUACUCAACAUAUUAUGCUUGAAAUAUCCCAUGUGAUAGUGAUGAACGCUUAAAACUUUGUUAUACUAUAGAGGACAAAGAAUUAAAAUGAUUGCAGGAAUAAAGGAUGAUAAGUUUGGUUUCUGCAUGGCAAAACACAACGAAUUACAUUAAGUUUGAGUUAUUGUUUGAUUUCGCAAACAUAGAAUGAAAUAUUCCAAACAGUUUGUCUGGCACUAAUACGCUUCCUUAAUUAUAAUUAAUGAUUUGUUUUGUAUUUCGUAUUUAUUUUUUGUUUCAUCAAAUGCUGGUAUUCAAUAAAUAUUAAACGACUAGA